AUGUCACAAUACGGUACUACAAGUAGUAAUCACAAUAAUAGUAACUCAAUCCUUGAUAUUGAUGAUGAUUUAGAAGGGGUUGAUGAUUUUUUAAAUGAACCGAAUCCAUUUGAAGAUCCAGCUAAUGAAAUCAAUCACGACAAUAGUCGUGGGAAUGCAGUAGUAGGGGCGACAGAUGAUCAAAUUAGUGCUGAUGGACCAAUUAACAACAACUAUAAUAAUAAUAAUAAUAAUAAUCGCGAUGGUGGUCAGGAGUUUAUGUCUUCUAAUUCUAUGAAAAAUGUUCCCUUACAACCAACCACACCACCACCACCACUUAAUGAAAAUAGUAACAAAGUUGAGAAUGAUGUUGGUAAUCAGAAGAAAUUGGGACCUGGGUUAUUGAAUUAUUAUUCACAAUUUUUCCAAUUGAAUUCUAAGCAAUUGAUAUCAAGGAUUAAAUUUACUUUUAAAUUAUCCAUAUCCAAACAAAUGAGAGCGGGUGGUGAUGACGACAAUGUGGGAAAUGUUGAAGAUCUUGGAUAUGAUUUAUAUAGUGCCGUUUGGAUACCAGCUACUGUAAUCAUGACUAAUUUCAUUACUAAUGGGUUAAUUUCAAUGAUUGUAGAUAAUAUAAUUAAGGGGAUUAUUAUUGUUGGGACUAGAGAAGUGGCCAAGGAUACAAGAGAGGAACAUUUUGUUAAAUUACUCCAUUCUAUUUGGAUAUUUUUUGGUUAUACUUUCCUAGUUCCUAUUAUUAGUUGGAAUCUUUUCGUUAAGAAUCGUAUGGCAUCUUUACCAGUGGAAUCAUCAUCGUCUGGAUUAUCCUCUAGUCUUAAGAAGUUAGAGUCAGUGACUGAUUUAAUUUCAGUUUAUGGGUAUAGUAAUGUAUUUUGGGUCCCCUGUUGUAUUAUUUUAGAUAUUAUACUUGAAUGUGAAAGUUUAUCUCAUGGACACAAGACAGUUUCAAUUAUUUUGAAAGUUAUGGAAUGGUUUAUUUUCGUUGGCUUUGGUGGUAUUUUAUCAUUAGCUUACAUUAUAAAAGUUAUUAUUAAUGAUGAGAAUGGAGCAAUAAAUGAUAAGAAAAAUUAUGGUACAUUUUUAUUUUCAAUAGUGUUACAUGUUGGAUUUUGUUACUUAUUGAAAAGGGUUAUAUUUUAG